GCAGCAGCAGCAUCAGCAGAGGAAUAUCUCCCAAUAUCCCAUCCUGGGCACGUCGGAUAAGCUGCAGCAGCGAAAAACACGAGGCGAAUAUUGCGGUGGACGGGAACGGGAACAUGCUCCGUGGGAUUUCGCACCUCUCACUCUGUCUGGGAGGCAGUUUGGGCUUGUUAUGGGGGUGACCGGAAGCAGAGAGUGACAGAGGAACAGUGAUGCUACUGUUUACAUAACGAGAGACUCACACACAUAUACACACACACACACACACACACACACAGACACACAUACACGCACACAUGCUCGAAUCGCCUGUCCAGGACAUACACACUUGCUUAAAACACUUCCACACAUACACGCGCAUACAGACACAUAUUCAAGGGACUCGCUGACUGAGUCACCACACACUCAGAGGCACAGAAUCACUGACUCACACACAGGACCAAAAACACGCACAGACACACACACACACACACAAAAGGAAAAAGGUUUUGGGAGAGUCAGAGCUGUGUGUUGUCUGUGCUACGGGCCAAGCUGAGCAGCAGCUGUGUGUGAGUGUUGGAUACCUCUGAAGGGUCAACACAGCCACAACCCUCGCCCUCCCCUACCAUCCCUCAUCUCCCAGCUGCCCUUAAACGCACCACCAUGUUCGAGCAGAGGACCUGGAGAACUCCCUCGCCCCCUGUCCCAUCUUUCUCCUCCCCGUUCAGGUUUCUAUCCCUCCUUUUUUCCCUCUGCCUCUCCCUUUCCCUUUAUUUGGCCUCCUCUUCAGCACAGCAGACUGUGCCUGUCAUCUCCACGGUGCAGGGCCGCAUCCGUGGCAUCCUGACCCCGCUCCCCUCCGACCUCUUGGGGCCUGUCAUUCAGUACCUGGGAGUACCAUACGCAAGGCCUCCAACGGGGGACCGGCGCUUUCAGCCACCAGAACCUCCUCUGCCCUGGCCAGGAAUAAGAAAUGUGACGCAGUUUGCUCCGGUGUGUCCGCAGUCGCUGGAUGAGAGGAGCAUGCUGGGAGAUAUGAUGCCGUCCUGGCUCACGGCUAACCUGGAUAUAGCGGCGACGUAUCUCACUCACCAGAGUGAGGACUGUCUCUACCUCAACAUCUACGUGCCCACUGAGGAAGACAUUCAUGAGGAGGGGGGUCAGCGGCCGGUGAUGGUCUAUGUCCACGGGGGCUCGUACACAGAAGGCACUGGCAACAUGAUGGAUGGCAGCGUGCUGGCAAGCUACGGCAACGUCAUUGUCAUAACCCUCAACUAUCGCCUAGGAGUGCUGGGAUUUCUCAGUACAGGUGACCAGGCAGCAAAAGGGAACUACGGCUUGCUGGAUCAGAUCCAGGCUCUGCGCUGGGUGAAGGAGAACAUUGCAGCCUUCGGAGGAGACCCGAGCAGGGUCACUGUGUUUGGAUCUGGAGCUGGGGCCUCGUGCGUCAGCCUGCUCACCUUGUCCCACUACUCUGAGGACCUGUUCCACAGAGCCAUUAUCCAGAGCGGCAGCGCUUUAGCCAGUUGGGCUGUUAACUACCAGCCCAGCAAGUACGCCCGGCAGCUGGGUGAAAGGGUGGGCUGCGGCAUCGACGACAGCACCCAACUGGUCGCCUGCCUCCAGGGCCGGAGUUACCGCGAACUUGUGGAGCAGAACAUAACGCCGGCCAAAUAUCACACGGCUUUUGCCCCGGUGAUUGAUGGUGAUGUUAUACCUGAUGACCCCCAGAUUCUGAUGGAGCAGGGAGAGUUUCUGAACUACGAUGUGAUGCUGGGGGUUAAUCAGGGCGAGGGCGUGAAGUUUGUGGAGGGCAUUGUGGACUCUGAGGACGGUGUCACAGCUGAGGACUUUGACUUUGCAGUGUCAGACUUUGUGGAUAGUUUGUAUGGAUACCCAGAAGGACGAGACACACUGAGAGAGAGCAUAAGGUUCAUGUACACGGACUGGGCGGACCGUGACAAUGCAGAAACCCGGCGGAAAACUCUGGUUGCACUGUUCACAGACCACCAAUGGGUUGCGCCUGCGAUUGCCACAGCUGACCUUCACGCUCAGUAUGGUUCCCCCACCUACUUCUACUCCUUUUACCACCACUGCCAGAGUGACGCCACGCCGCCCUGGGCCGACUCCGCCCAUGGUGACGAGGUGCCCUACGUGUUUGGCGUGCCCAUGGUGGGACCCACUGAUCUGUUCAACUGUAACUUCUCCAAAAACGACGUGAUGCUGAGUGCUGUUGUCAUGACUUACUGGACCAACUUUGCCAAGACUGGUGACCCAAACCAGCCGGUUCCUCAAGAUACCAAGUUCAUCCACACUAAACCGAACCGCUUUGAAGAAGUGGCCUGGUCUAAGUACACCCCUAAAGAGCAGCUGUACCUACACAUCGGCCUGAAGCCGCGUGUCAGAGACCACUAUCGUGCCACCAAAAUCUCCUUCUGGCUCCAGCUGGUCCCUCACUUGCAUCAUGUCAAUGAGCUCCUCCAGUCGGUGUCCUCCUUCACCCACAGUCCCUCUCCACAGGACGACACUCCUUAUUCUUACACGAAGCGUCUUGCCAAAGGUUGGCCGCCAAGCAGUACACGACAUCCAGGUUCACAAGGAGGCACUCCACAGCCGCCAGAGCCCGCUUUGGGCCAAGGUGGAGGGGAAGAGGGGGUCCGCGUCCCUAAUGAGGACUACUCAACUGAACUCUCAGUGACGAUUGCGGUGGGAGCGUCCCUGCUGUUUCUUAACAUCCUCGCGUUUGCGGCUCUGCUUUACAAGAAAGACAAAAGGCGUCUUGAGCACCGUCGGCCACGUCCACUUCCUCCCCCAAGACGAGACAUUACACCAGCAGAUGUUGCUGCCCACCUGCAGGGGGAGGGACUGAUGUCAUUACAGGUGAAGCAGCUGGAGUGUGACGCUGCAUCAGCAGACGAGAGGAACAACACUCACCACCAUCAUACUUUAGACACGCUGGACGCCCUGGACGGCUUGGACACCCAGGACAUCUACAGCACACUGGACACCGUGCGCCUAACCUGCCCACCUGAUUACACCCUUACUUUGCGCCGCUCACCUGACGACGUCCCCCUCAUGACCUCUCUGACCCCAGGAUCACUGCCCGUGACCCCUGGGUCACACCCUGUUACCCCGGCGACACCGAUGACCCCCAUGACACCUGGAUCAGUGGUGGGGAUGAGGAUGGGCCAUCCACACCAGGGAUACACACACCAUAGCCCAUAUAGUAAUACACACUUGCCACAUACACACAUCUCCACGCACACACACUCCACCACGCGUGUAUAACCGCAGCAAGAUACUUGCACACACAGGGACAUACUUACAACACACAAACAUACAAACACCUUCACACAUACACACAUAAAACAAAAGACUUAAAUACCUCUACUAACUACCCUGCAGGAUUGUUACAGAUGGAGUGACAGAGAGACAUUUUUAGUAACAGGAUGAAAAGAAAGACAGCUGUGUGUUGCAUGUCGGGGAACUGAAGACAAACUGGAUCCCGGGAGAUGCAGUUCUAUGCAUCAUUCGCUCUUAACCUUGAAUGAGACAAGCCAAGACAUCCAUCAAAUGUCUCAAAAACCUGCUUUGGAUAUUAAAUCUACUUUUUCUACACCUGAGGAGGAAGAGGAGGAGCGCUGUGGCAAAAGGGUCAGUUAAGGAUCAGUUUACAUCUCCUACUGUACCUGUGCUGCACAGCGAAGCAGUGCGGGGACUGAGCAGAGCAGAUGCAGAACUGAGCUAAGAAGUACCACACACACAGACUGCUGAAGUCAACUUGAACAACCUGUGAAAUGUGAAUGUAGCAUUUUUUUCCAUUAAAAGAUCAAAGGCCCUAUCUGCCAAGGAUCAAACUAAGCUGAGGAGAAAAAAAACAAAAUUUCAGCAGGAGAUGGAUGUAAAGACAGACAGAGAGGA